AUGCUACCGCUACCGUUCUCCUGUCUGUCCGUGACCACGUACAACUUCACUCGCAUCAACAAAAAUGACACCGUGCUGCUCAUUGUGGAUCAUCAAGAGGGCUUGUUCCAACUCGUUCGGGACUUUCAGCCAGACCAGUACCGCCGAGCAGUGCUCGCGCAUGCGAGCAUUGGUAAAAUAUUCAACCUUCCGGUCAUCAUGACGAGCAGCUCCGACACUGGUCCAAACGGGCCCCUCAUGAAGGAGAUUACCGACAUGUACCCGGAUGCUCCUUUCAUCAGACGUUUAGGCGAGGUCGACGCCUGGGACAACCCUGACUUCCAGGCAGCCGUUCGGGCCACAGGCAAGUCGCAAGUCAUCAUGGCAGGAAUUACCACCGAUGUUUGUACCACGUUCCUCGCUCUCUCGCUUGUCCAGGAUGGGUUCACCGUUUUCGCCAACGCCGAUGCCAGUGGUACCUUUGACCUACGGACUGCCCAGGACGCCAAUGACCGCAUGCGCGACGCUGGUGUCAACGUUUUGUCGAUGUUCGCAAUUAACACGGACUUGAUGAGAGACUGGAGGGAUACUCCUGGUGCGCUCGAGGAGCUGCCCUACUAUGACCAAUACCUCACGUCAUACGGAAUGUUGACUCGUACCCAUCGCGCGGCCAUCCUCAAUGGCACUAUUCUCCCUGGUGAGGACAUAUAG